AUGCUAUUCUCAAGUGUAAAACUACAUUUCAUCAAAUACGAAAUAAUGAAAUUUCUCCUUGUCGCUUUACUCACUGCCCAAAUCUACGGUGCACUUUGCACCAGCGCUCCACUUGCUGAACAACGCGGCCUCAUGGACAUCUGGGAUUUCCUCAGUCCAGCUGUUAUGCCCGUUGCUGUAGGCAUCGAUAACGCUCUUGCCACAGUGUCAAAUAUUCACAAUACUGUUUCAAAUGCUGUUACUGGCGCUGUUCAUGGUGUGACAUCAUGGAUCGGUGGUCUUCUCCCUCCACUUGGCAAACGUGACUUGGAAGUCAAUGUUCGCGCCAAUCUCUUAGCUGAAUUUAAAUCAUUUCAACACGGCCUUCAACAAUUAGUCAUGGAAAUUGCUCAAACUGUUCUCAAUGGUAAAAUCGUUACUCAAUUCCGGUCAUUAAUCGCGAAAUUCAGCGUCUUCCUCCGUACACACUUGAAUGCCAUCAAUACUAUGAUCACUAAUUUAAUUCCAACUGUUCAAGAUGUCGUAGGAACUCAAGCUAUUAGCAGUUGUUUAAAUGCUGUACAAGCUAUUGAAGAAGCUAUCAAAAAAAUCCAAGCGCUUUUCUCAUUGUAA